AUGCCACCCGCCAGCCACCAGCCGCCUGCCACCCUGCCUCCCUCCCUGCCACCCGGCCAGCUACAAGCCACCCAGAAGCAGCAGCCGCCACCGCCAGCCAGCCCCCACCCAACAACAGCCACCCAACCAGCCCCCAGCAACAGCCCCAGCCAGCCCCCCGCCAGAGAGCAGGCCAGCCCAGCCAGCCAGCCAGUCACCGCCAGCCUGCCGCCACCGCCAGCCACCCAGCACCCACCCAGCCCCAGCCUCAACCAAAACCCCCCGCCAGUAGCCGCCAGCCAGCAGCCACCCAACCAGCCAGUCACCCACCCGUCAGCCACCACCAGCCAGAAACCCCCAACCAGCACCCGCCAGCAGCCAGUCUGCCAGCCAGCGCCGCCACCCAAACCCCCAGCCACCAGCCACCCAGCCACCCACCAAUCAUCCAUCCAGCCAGAAAGUCCCCCCCCCCCCCCACCCCCCCCACCCCACCACCCCCCACCACCCACAAAACCCCCCACCUUUCCCCCCCCACCCCCACCCCCCCACCCCCACCCCCCACCCCCAAACCCCCCACCACCACUCCCCACCCCACCACCCCCCCCACCCCCCCCCCCCCCCCCCCCCCCCCCCCCCUCCCCCACCCCCCCCCCACCCCCCCCCCCCCACCCCCCCACCCUCCCCCCCCCCCCCCCCCCCCCCCCCCCCCCCCCCCCCCCCCCCCCCCCCACCCCCCCCCCCCCACCCCCCCCCCCCCCACCCCCCCCCCCCCACCCACCCCCCCCCAAAACCCCACCCCCAAACCCUUCCCCACCCACCCCCCCAAAAACCCCCCCCCCCAAACCCCCCCCCCCCAACCUACCCACCCCCCACCCCCCCCCACCCCCCCCCCCCCCCCCCCCCCCCCCACCCCCCCAACCCCACCCCCCACCCCCCCCCCCCAAAAAACCCCCCCCCCCCCACCCCACCCCCCCCCCCCCCACCCCCCCACCAAAACCCCCCCACACACCCCACCACCCCCCCCCCCCCCACCCCCCCCCCCCCCACCCCCACCCCCCCCCCCCCCCACCCCCCAAACCCCCCCCCCCCCCCCCCCCCCAACCCCCCCCCCCCCCCCCCAACCCCCCCCCCCCCCCCCCCCCACCCCACCCCACCCCCCCCCACCCCCCCCACCCCACCCCACCCCCCAAAACCCCCCCCCCCCCCCCCCACCCCCCCCCCCCCCCCCCCCACCCCCCCCAACCCCCCCCCCACACCCCCCCACACCCCCACCCCCCACCCCCACCCCCCCCCCCCAAACCCCAACCCCCCCACCCCCCCCACCCCCCACCCCCACCCACCCACCAACCCCCCCCCACCCCCCCCAACCCCCACCCCCCAACCCCAACCCCCCCCCCCACCCCCACCAAAAACCCCAACCCCCCAACCCCACCACCCCCCCCCCCCCACCCCCCACCCCCCAAAACCCCAAAACCCCCACCCCCAACCCCACCACAACCCCCACCCCCCCCACCACCACCCCCACCCCCCAACCCCCCCAAACCCCCACCACCACCACCACCACCACCCCCACCCCCCCCCCCCACCCCCCCACCCCCGUCCCCCGUUCCCCCUUGCAAAAUAAGUAGGUACCCGGAAAUUAGUCACCUUUCACCUUCUUUUCCUGGGUUUACCUAG